UGCUAUUAUACUGCAGUGUACUUGCAAAACGAAGCGAUUUCCAAACUUCAAUGAUAGCAAGUCAAGGAUAUCGUGCAUUAAAAGUCGUUGAAUGGCACGAUCUGAAGUAAUCACCGCAUGACUUUGUGUCACAACCUUAACAUACGCUCGUUCAUUUAAAAAUUAACCUGCUUUGAAAUAAUUUCAUGGAGUGCCCGCAUUUGGAAGAAACUGUACAUGUAACAGCGCCAUCUAUAAAAAGCGAAAAUUUACCACCAGAUUAUUUUUGCGCAGCAUGCAAGACGGACAAGAGUCCAUGGAUUUGUGCUCGAUGUGGGAAAAUCCAUUGUGGAAGAUAUGUGAAUGGACAUGCCAAAGAGCAUCAUGAGGCGACCACUCAGCAUGCUGUGUGCAUGGACUGUGAUAACCAUGCAGUUUACUGCUAUAUCUGUGAUGAAUUUGUGAUUAAUGAUACAAAAUAUGGCCACUUGGACAAACUCAGGAAAAGCUUACAGUCAUUAGCCAGUGCCAGAAAUCAUAUACGACAGAAAGUACGUCGACGAGCUUCCACAGACUCACAGGAGAAUGACAGACAUCGAAAAAAAGUUAAAAAGGACGACAGACCAAGGUCUUCUGGACUUAGAAAUUUAGGAAACACAUGUUUCAUGAAUGCAGUAUUGCAGUCCCUCAGUAACAUCCAGCAGUUCUGUGGUUACAUCAAACAGUUGCCAUCACUGGAGGAAAAGAUCAGCAAGUCACGGAAAUACCACCAUACACGGAAAACACGCAAUGAAGAGGACGAUGUACUUCUCAUAGAAGAAUUACGGAAGACACUUGUAGCAUUAUGGCAGGGGACCAAAGGAGCGAUUUCUCCCGAAUCUCUAUUCUGUGUCAUCUGGAAAGUCGUGCCAAGAUUUAGGGGUUAUCAGCAACAAGAUGCCCACGAGUUUAUGCGUUACCUCCUGGACCGGCUACACACCGAGCUGCUCACACUUCUACCCUACCCUAACAACAACAGUCCCUUCAUAGGACCCAAGGGCAAGAGUACCAUUGUCACUGCAAUAUUUGGGGGAUUGCUCCAGAAUGAAGUCAACUGUCUUGUGUGUGGAGUGGAAUCUAAAAAGCAUGACCCAUUUCUAGAUCUAUCACUAGAUAUACCAGCCCAGUUUGCUACCCGAGGAGGUAAAUCAAAAGAUGGGGAGCAGCAAGUAUGCCGGUUAUCAGACUGCUUAACAAGUUUUACAGAAGUGGAGGAGUUGGAGGAAUCAGAACUUUACAUGUGCAGUAAUUGUAAAAAGAGACAAAGAUCAACAAAGAAAUUCUGGAUACGACGGUUGCCUAAUGUUCUAUGUUUACACAUCAAGCGUUUUAGAUGGCAAUCCUUCUUUCGUAUGAAAUUGGAAACAUUCAUAGAAUUUCCACUGCGAGAGCUCAAUAUGAACAGAUAUGUCCUGGACAAUCUGCAUGAGACCAGGGGUAGUUACGGAGGAAGCAGCCAGUACGACCUUGCUGCUGUCAUCGUACACCAUGGAUCAGGAGCUGGAUCUGGUCAUUACACAGCUUACGCCAUGCAUGAAGGCCAGUGGUAUCACUUCAAUGACAGCACAGUGACCCCAUGUGACCCUGAAGUGGUGGCCAAGUGUAAAGCGUACAUACUCUUCUACAUACGAAGGGAGUUCAAACUGCCUGAAUACCUAGGCAUCAAUGGCAACAGUCACAGACAGUAAAGAACACUGUGGCUUAGUGCAGGGCUCACAAGGCUCAUCAUAAUCGGUGUUCAAGAGUCGCAGACGUUGACCACCAUCACAGCUGGCAGAUCAGGACUAAACAAGGCUCAUCAGUGUUUGAGUGUCGCAGAGAGGGAAGACCAUCACAGCUGGCAGUGCAGGGAUAGACGCGGCUUGCGAUUAAUGUGCAAUAGUUGAUGACUGUAGACCAUUGCAGUGCAAGGCUCCCCAUACAAAGGCUCAGCUGUUCAAAACAUAGUUUGCAUACAACAAGUUUUCAUUCUUUUUCUAUAUAAGAUAUUUGCAAAAAAAUAUACUUUACGAAAACUUUUAAGUUUCACAAUGACUUUCUGUAGAAAAGAAACUGAUAAUUGAAUUACAUUAUUCAUAGUUGUUUUUAAAAGUAUGAUUUUGGAAUUGAAGUUUUUAAGAUGCAAACACCUUUUGAGAUAAAAAAAAUAGUUUUGAACAGUUGUAUCCUUGACUUUGCUAUGCGAUUCAUUAAUGACUGAUAUAAAUGCUGGUUAAUGAGCUAUUCACAUAUCAGUGGGCACCAGAACAUAUACCAUAUCAGAUGAUCAUAACAGUGGAAUUAGCUCAUUGCUAGCUCUUGACAAUCUGAAAAAAAUCACUUCCCAGACACCAUCUCUUAGGAAUGCAGUUCUCUUUAAUGGAUAAAAAAAAUCAAUUUUAAAAACUUGAUUAUUCCAAAAGAUUUUAAAAAUAAAAAUAUUCGGAAUAAUGUGGUCCCACUUACAUGCUCUUCAGCAGUCACAGUUAGGCAUCAAUAAUGGUAAAAUUGGUACAUAGGACUUAGAAAUGAUGAAAUUGGUUAUUGAGAAUAUAUAUUGUUGCAUGCACAUGAUAAUGUGGGAUUAAGAAUACAAAAGAUGGGGGGGGGGGGGG